AUGAUAAAAAUAAACGGAAUAAUUUUGCUUUACUUUUCUCUCCUUAAUUUGGUGUGUUGUCUUAAUAGCAACAUCUGUAAAAGCGCCUACAUCUUGUACUCUCCGCCGUCGACCAAGAGGUACAAGGCGCCCUUCAGAAGAUGGAAUAGCCCACAGAACAAUAACAAUCUGAGCGAUUUAAGUAAAGACCAGAAAUCGACUGAAGAUGUGUACAACGAAAAUGUGGCAAGGCAAUGCAACCUAAAAAAUUUUUCAAAAGACAUAAACGACAAUGUCUACAUCGAAACGAAUAGAAGGGAAAGGAGGAUAAAGAGGAAUAAGCACUUGCGCUCCUUAUACAGUAACAAUAGCAUACGGAUGUCGAACUUUAUUUAUCCGAUGUUCAUUCAUGAGGAGGAUACCCCAAAGAAGGAAACCCAGCUGGAUGGAAUCUACACCUACAACUUAGACGGAAUCGUGAAAGAGAUAGAAGAAUGCUUACAACUGAAUAUUCACCACUUUAUGUUUUUCCCAGUCGUGAAGGAAGAAAAUAAAACGACUUACUGCUCCGAAUGCUACAAUGAAAGCAGCUACUUCUGCAACGUGAUAAACAAAAUAAAACAAAAAUUUAAAAACCAAGUUGUGAUUUACGUGGACGUGGCUCUGGACCCGUACAACAUAUACGGGCAUGAUGGAAUAUAUGACGAACAGGAGGGGGAAAUACUCAACGACGUUACGGUGCACACGCUGGUGAAGCAGUCCCUAUGCCUAGCCAAGUGCGGCGCCGAUGUAGUGUGCCCCAGCGAUUCCAUGGACAACAGAAUUGAGCAAAUUAGGAAAAACCUAGAUUUUCACAACUUCAGAAAUGUCCUCAUAUUGUCCUACACGUGCAAGUAUUCCUCAUGCCUCUAUAAACCAUUUAGAUCCAUCCUGAAUUCCAACAUUCACAAAAACGUCGUCAAAAAUAAGCAAUCAUAUCAGCACGACUUUAACGCGUACUAUGACCUCAACCAUGUGGAGAAACACAUCAGCGAAGGGGCCGAUAUCCUCAUGGUUAAACCGUCGUUAUUUUAUCUAGACGUGGUCAGUCGUAUUAGAAGCAGAAUGGGCAGAAACGCCACGGUGCCACUGGCUGUUUAUAACGUCUCUGGUGAAUACAUGAUGAUCAAAAAUUACAUCAAACAUUUGAAUGCACACAUAAAUUAUGAAAAUGAAAUUUUGACGGAGCUCUUUAAAAGCUAUCUAAGAUCGGGGGCAAAUAUAAUUAUCACCUAUUUCGCUAAGCAGUAUGGUUUGUACCUCAGAAAUCUGUAUGACCGUAAAGUCGACAUAGACGACGAUUUGAACAGCAAUUUUAAUACUAACGAACUAAAAGAAGACGAUGAUCUGAUAAAGUACGAACUACCCAACCGCCUGACCAGCAUCAUCUACAAAAAAAGAAAAAACAAAAAUAGAAAGAAGUACAUUUUAAGUAACGAAAAACACGUGAUAUUACCUUCGCACAAAAUUUCAAAUGAAUACAAAAAUUACACAAAUCCAAUUGACUACAACUACGAGGAGAUGCACGUUUACAUGGAAGUCAACACUGGCAGUGUGAAUGAAAAGAAAAACCAGCAGGGGAUAAGUCACCUUUGCGAGCAUGUCUCCUACAUGGGUUCCAAAAAUCGAAAAAACAUCAUAGACAAAAAUAUCCGCACAAACGCCUACACCGAUUUUCACCACAUCGUCUUUUACAUAAGCGUCAGCCUGAACAAAGAGCUCUACAAAGAGAACUCCUUCAUCCACUUCCAGUACGACAAUGUUGUAAAAAAUGUUAAGGAAGACAAAAUUGAAGACUACGAUAUUUACACAGUAGACGAAUUUAACUACAAGCAUGCCAUCCUGUCCAAGUGCAUUGACACCAUGGUUGAAGUACUAAAAGGAGAAACUCAAUUCAACAGGGAACGAAUUGUUAAGGAGAAGAAGGCCAUUUUUUCCGAGUACAGCAUUAUCAACACGGUGGAAUAUAAAAUGAACUCAGACAUUAUUAAAACGCUGCACAAGGAAAACAGACUGAGCCAUCGACUGCCCAUCGGCAAGCUGGAACUGCUGAAGAGGUACGAGCCAAAGGACAUCAAGAAAUACUUCGACCUUUUCUUCAGAACGGAAAAUGUCAACCUCUACAUCUACGGAGAUGUGAACGUGGACAUAGCCCGCAAGUUGGUAAGCGAAAAAUUUCAGGAUGUGAAAAAGGAGGAACUAACACCGGAGGACAUGAAAUACCUGGCCAUUUUGAAUGACAACACUUUGCGAUCCAGAAAUAAAAAUCUACCCGCAAUUGUCCAUAUGUAUGGGGGGGAUUGCUCAGGAAAGGGCAACCCGGAAAAUAGCACACCUGGCGAUAAGAAGGACACUUCCGAAAAGGCCGAAAAAGACGGAAACGCCGAAAACGCAGAGAACGCCGACAACAUGGACAACACAGAAAACACUGACAACACCGAAAAAACUGACAACACCGACAACCGUUCCACCACUGCCUCCCCCGACGACGAAUACCCAGAUGACAACAUCGUUGACGCGCGCAAACUGAACGAAUUGCGAAGCACGUUUCAAAACGAAGCCCUGAGCGAGCUCAAGUUUAGAGCCUACCUCACCGAAAAGUACCAACCAAAAUUGGAAGAAGAAAAAAUUCUAAACAAGUCAGGUAAAAAAGGAAACUUCAACCCCACAACAGAUUUUGAAAUUAUCAAAUAUUCUCUAAAUAAUGUCAACAUAAAUAUACUGAUGAAGGAGGAAAUAAAAAGCAUUCGCACGAUGGAGGAUUACAAAAUUUAUGUCAUGAAAGACGUUAUGUUUUAUUGCCUGUCCUUCCGAUUUAACGUGUACAAGCGGGAUUUAUUUAACAGCAUAGAUAUUAAUGAGUACACGAAUAUUAACGAAGGGGCCACCAUCAGAACAGUGGAAAUAAAGACAACGACAAAAUCGUUCGGAGAAGCUGUGACAGCUUUUUAUGACUUCAUUAAAAGUUUGCUAGCCCAUGGGUUUAGCAAUGACGAGUUACAAAAUUAUCGGGCGAACGAGAUUGAGUACGACGAUGCAGGUGGAGGCACUGUCGAAGGCGAUUCCAUCUCACCCAGCGGGGGAGGGACAAAGCAAAUGAAGCUCGUGCACCCAGAAAAGGAAGAUGAGGAACAAAUCCUGGAAACACGAAUGAACGAAAUGUACACAGACGAAAUACAAAAAAUUAUCGACUACAAUUCUUGCAAACACGUUUACCUGAAUGAGAAGAGGGAAAAAAAACUCAAGCAAGAAAUUUUUGAUAAUUUAAAAAUAGAACAAGUUAAUUCCUUUGCCAAAAAUUAUUUUCAAUAUUUGUUUAACAUAUUCAAAGGACAUACCAAUUUUAAGCCCAACUGUGUUAUUAUCCAUGUCCCACACAUAGACUUCGAUUCUUUCGACAAGGAUGACGUGAAGAAGCUCUUCCUACACAACAUCAAUUCGGUAUAUGACGUCCCCAAUUUCUCCUUAAGAUUUCAGAACACGUUACUGUCACAGAGAUAUGUGUAUGAAAAUAUCACAACAAAAUUGCACAUGGCUAGGUAUGUAGAGCCCCGGGGGGGGGACACACCCAGAAGAGACAUAUUUUCUGGCAUCCUUCACAAGAUCAACCAGAUCAAAAGGGACCAGGAUCCCCUCCUCUGCGUCCUCCCUAGUGUGGACACACCGACGGAGAUUUACACGCCGACCCCUGUUGACACUCUGGACAAGAUUGACGCCGCACCCCUUGUGUACACCGCCCCCAAUUUUCCCCUCUUCCGCACAUGCUACUACAUGGAUGCCAAGAACAAGCUGGGGGAAAUCGAUCACGGGCUGGACGCUCCACAGGGCACACAUCUAAGGCACCCCGCGCAGGGAAAAAAGGGUGCCAGACUGGACAAACUGCCCAGCGAAUUGAGGAUCGAAGCAAGCGCAUACCGGGUCAACCUGAAGAAAUACGUGGAGGCGGAGAAAGGCCAAAGAGAAGUCGAAAACUACCAACUGGCAAACGGGAUCAAAGUGAACUUAUACAAAACACAAAUAGACAGAAAAAACAUAUACCUCAGAUUAAUCAUACCGCAUAAUGACAUACUGAAAAAAAAAAAAAAAAACGUGUUUCCCUUAUUAUUCUCAGUUAUAUGCCUCUUCGAGGGAGGAGAAAUAGAAAGCAUCAGUCGUGAAAACGUCGAAAUUCAUUGCAGCAAUAGGAGCAUAAAUAUAUGCAUCGACAUUAAUGACGAGUAUUUUUUUAUCGAUAUUUAUACGUAUAAUAAACACGAAAAUAUCAACUCGGCCUUUUCCAUACUUAACAAUAUUUUACUGCAAACGCGGGUUGAGGAGUCUGCACUCAAGAGGGUCGUGGACAAACUCCGGAAGGACUUCUACGAGUAUAAGAACAAUCUCCAGUCCUUCCUGCUGGGCCAAACCAUCUCGUACCUGUCCGACGGCGCCAUGGGCUACCAAAACUUCGACCUGCGAGAAGCCGAAGAAAUCUCCCUGGAAACGGUGCAGAAGGUGCUAAAGCACCUCUUUAGCGACCCCUUCCUGUUUGAGCUUACCGUUGUAGGAGACAUAUCCGAUUUUUUGCACUACUACGUGCUGCAUUACAUUGGAACGCUUUCAGUUAGAAGAGAAGUGCCCACAAAUGGGAACACAACAACAUUGGAAGGAGUAACCCUCCAAGGAAUUAAUCCCCAUGGUGAUGAAAACAACCCACAGAAGAACGACAAACCCAUGGGAAGAGACCCGCUUGAAGACCAGUACUCCCUCCUGUGCCCACUUCAAAACUUCGAACAGAAAAUAAAGGAACCUACCUACGUGUAUUUAAACGAAAAAGAAGAUCACGCAAUUUUCCUCCUCAUCGGAAAGAGUGCCAACCACUUUGGCUUCCUCUCCAAUGGGGUGCACAUAUCGUUAUACUUACUACAAUUUCUAAAAAAGGUUCUUCUAUAUCACGAAUUGGAAGAUGAGCAUGUCGAAAAAAACACCACAGGUAAAGGAUUCACACAAAUUAUAAAUCAUAUCAACAUGGAAAAAUACAAGAAGGAAGAUAUGACAGAAUUAAUUACAAGAAAAAAAAAAUUAUAUACCAACCCGAUAUUCUUCAAUGCAGUAUCUUACAUCAUUCAGUACAUACUGAACAGUAAAUUAUUUCACUAUUUGCGAGAAAAAAAAGAAUUAACUUAUGAUUCUUCCUUUGAAUUUAUAAACUAUGAAAAAUAUUUUGCAGGCUUCUUUACCUUACUAGUUCAGACAAAUCCGAAAGAUUUAAAAGUUAUAAAAAAUGAAGUUCUUUCCAGCUUUGAAAAUUUUACAAAAAAUUUUUACAACUAUUCUGAUUACUUAAUAGAGAAUGCCAAGUUAUCUUACUUAAAUAAGAAAACCAAAGAUUUGAAAUUUUUUGUCGAUAAAAUCUCAGGGAUGCAAUUGACCCACUUCCCACUAAAGUAUAAAAAUAAAUUUCUUCUCACGGAUAAUCUUAUACUGAGUAGAAUAGAAAAGAUAGACGUCCUCUUGGCCGUAUAUGUCCUCUUUAAUCAAACCUCAAGUUAUCACAUAUCCUGUGGAAUUGCAUCUCCGAAAGAUCUUUGGGCGAAAGUUUACAGAAACAUAAACGAGUUGUAG